CGGGUGUAAACUUUUUCAACUUUUCACUUCCUACUCCGAUUAUUCUAACUUCCUUGUCGGCAUUUGUUAAUUUCUUUGCUUGAUCAAGCUUGAACAAGAUGGAUGAAAGCACAAUUGCUAAAUCCGGGGAGUUAUGUGUUGAAGAAAAACGCUUCUUGAAAACAUCAUGGGUGAAAAGGUUUUGUGUGCUUUACAAAAAGACUACUGACAGUCAUGGAUAUAUGGAACUGUAUGAUGACCAAGAAGCUUUCACACAACAUAAAAAGAAAAGCAAAAAAUGUGAAAGACGGAUUGAACUUCAUAAUAUUAAGAGUAUUAAAAGUUCAAGUGAAAGUAGCGGAAAGGGAAAUGAGUAUCACAUUGAAAUACGAUCAAGAUUUCACAAACACAAUCUUAUGUUUAGAAAUGAGAGAGACUUUAAUGACUGGUUUGCAAUGUUACAAGCUACAGCUGAUAUAGCAGAAAGAGGGCCGGGGGAAAACUCUGCGUCUUACAGUGGCGAUAUAGAUGAUGAUUAUUCUGAUGAUGGGUCUGAUGAUGAAGUCAUUACACUUAAUCAGAUGUAUGCAUCAACAGAUACAGCACAACGAUUUGAAGUGGAAGUCGAACCUUCUGACCUUGCUAAGAUGUGUGACAUUGAAGGUAAAAUGACACUUUUAGUUGGAAAUAAUGACAUAGCAUUUGAGGACCCAAAAACAAAGAGAGUCAAGUAUAGCUUUCAGUUAGCUUGGAUGCGAAGAUUUGGAAAAUAUAAAACGCAGUCAUUUAAUUUUGAGGUGGGCAGGAAGUGCCCAAAUGGGGAAGGUUCAGUAACUUGUAUAACACCUAGUGCAAAGUUAAUUCACAAAACAUUAACACAGAAAUCUGCAAGUCGAAGCAAGCUGGUGAUUCCUCAUUCACAUACAGAGGACGAAACAAAUUGCAAAGAAAUCAAAUCAAGUAGACCGUCUGUGAACAGUGUAAAAGAGAAAUUGGAAGAGUCUCCACCUCCGGUUAAAGAAAGACAAUUGCCUGCAGUAAGCCAGCCUGUUGUUCCUGGUGGCAUGGUACGCAAGCAUCCUGGUAAAGCAAAUACUCCUAGUCUUAUUCCAAUAGUUAGACCAACGUCAGGGGAAAGUGAAAGUUCCAAUAGACCCAAGUCACCCCCACAGCCAGCUAGGCGUGGGUCUAAAAGUGGUAAGCUGCGUACUAGUGGCAAAGGUAGUCCAACGGAAGAAAAAUUGUGUCCUGCAGAGGGCAACGGCCACGUUAGACAAACUAGUUACAAAGCAGCAGUUAAUAGUGGAGAAUUUACAAAAGAAUUAGAGCAGAAAUUACAUCUUGGUAAUGAUGAUGAUUCUGAAAAAAAUCUUGAACAUGUCAAGAAAGAUAGUGUCAAAACCAAGGAAGACAAGAGGCGUGAAAAAGAAGAAAAAAAGGAAAGAGAGAAAAGAGAAAAAGAAGAGAAAAAAGAAAAAGAGAGAAAAGAAAAAGAAUUAGAAAAGGAGAGAAAAUUGCGUGAAAAGGAGGAAAAGAAAAGUGGUAAAAAGGAUAAACAAAGAGAUAGCAAUAAGGGUCAAGAGACUGCUGUUGAAAAUCAGCGAAUGAUGAGAGAACGUAUAUAUGAUGAACCAGAAAUAUCACAGACACCGUCUUCAGAUGUUAACGACCCUAACUGUAUCUAUGAUGAGGCUACAAGUCCAAUUCCGCAAAACACUCCUAUCGAAUAUGCCCAGUCAGUGAAAAAGAAAGGUCAUAAUAGUAAGACUGACAAUCUGUAUGAAGACACAGAUUCUGUACGACCAGAAAAGAAGUUACCAGAGAAAGUUGAAUAUGCCGAACCUUAUAGUAAAAAGGGCGGCAUUCCUCUAAGUCAAGAGCCAGUAAUGUAUGCUGAUGUAAAGUCUGUUGGCAAAGAUGCUUGGAAAAACUUUGGAAGAAAUGAAGAGGAAGAAGUUUUCGAAGAAGAUUAUAGUAAUAUUAAAAGUGCUAGGGAAAGUGUACAAAAACAAGAACCACCCCCUAUACCCGUUAAGAACUAUGACGAUGAUGAGGGGGAAAACAUGUACAAUACUGUUGAUUUGAAAAAACCAAAAUCACCUACAAAAGCAAAACCAGAAAAUAUAUAUGGGAUGGCAAGUGGAAAAGAAGUUGGUGAAUUACCAACAGACAUCCAAAUACCAGAAGCAGAUUAUUCAAGUGAUUCUGGAGAGUCCCUUCCAGUGGAGUCAACUUAUGAUGAUCCUCAAUAUGAGGGUUAUGAAGCACAAGCAGGUUUAAAGAAAACUUCCAAAAAUUCCAAAAAGCCAACAAAGGUAGUUGAAGCUUACGAAGAAGCUGUGGUACAAGUCAAACCAGCACCACCCAAAAAACUCACCGUAAAAGUUAAUUCAAAUGAUAUAUAUGAAGAAAUUUCAUAGAUGUCUAUAUUCAUUCACUCCAUUGUGAUUCUUGACAGGAUAGAUCAAAUUAAUAUAUUCCAGACACUACUUACAAUUAAUUGAAUCAAACUUAAUCAUUUAAAAGUAGAUAUGUAGUGGAAAUGUGCACAUUAAAACUACACUGCAGACUACAGAGGCAAAAGCAUGUAUGAGGUAAGAUUAAAACUUUGACAACUUAAAAAUUAUCCACAGACAUGUUUUUUUUGUUGAUAAAUUAGGACAUCUGGUAUAAAAUCGAGGAUAUUGAAUGUGUGUAGGUUCAAUAUUGAAUAUAUUAAACGAGUUGAAGAAAAUUGUAACAUGCAAGCCUCUGGCAAGCAAAUUAGAUAUUAUUUUAUUCAACAAGUUCAAUUAAUUCAGUAAUGAACCUACACAAAUAUAAUAUUCUAUUAAUCACAUACCCAAAUUUAGAUCAUUUAAAGUGCAAAAGAAUCAUUUUUCAUUGAUGCACCUUAAGUGUAACGCCAACAUUUAGCGCCUCUUUACACUAUAUUUGUAUAUCACAAAUAGAGACUUAAAAGUCACAUCAAAAUAUAUGCAUGGGUGUGCAAUAACAUUUUUACAGAGUCGCAAAAUCGGCACGGGUAUGCGAUAAAGGAAAUUUUCGUAAGCCAAAGUAAAAAUCCAUUUUAUUCAAAAAUUUUGUUGUAGUAAUUUAAGAGUAACAGAAUAGUUAUUAUUACCAGUGCAGGUUUAAAUUUUGAUAUUAUUUUUUUCUUGGAGUACAUGUAGUCUUCCUUAUGAUAAAAAAAAAUAGUUUAAAACAAAUACUCUAAAUAUAAUCAGUGGUAUAUAUAUUAUAAUAAGUAUAAUUAUAAGCUAUUAAUAGUUUUAAAAUGCUUUUCUUUGAUUGGCUAAGACGCAACUUUUUGUAAAAAAAAAAAUAAUAGGCCAGUAACAGAGUAUAUUUACAAUAUAAAUUUUUUUUUUAAGUCUCGCUAAAAAUAGAUUUUAAAAGUAUAUAUUCGCUUGUUUUUCUUUAAAAAUAGAAUUUUUCUUGAAAUUUACAGUAGAAUGCCAGAAUAUGACUUGAUGUUUUGUCUGUUUUAUUGUUAUGUGAAGAAGCUUUGGAAAAACGCAAACUUGUAAAAAUUAAAGCAGUUUCAUUAGCAUUUUUUUUAGGGUUCUUGAGCGUUCUUUUAAGAAAUGAGCCAAUAUUUAUCAUUUCUAGCAAAGCCCUGCACUCAGCAGUUUACUAAGGCAGUCCUGUAAUGCAUCUUGGACACUACUAGUAACUUGGUUUAUACCAUACAAUGUAAUAAAAUCUAUCACUUUUAGUGUUCAAUCUUUCAUAAGGAACAGAAAAAAGAUUAAUGUCAUGUUUUGUAACAAGUAAGUGGGUGGGGGAGUGGAAUAGCCAACAGGAAGUAUAGUUAUACAAGAACUGAAGCACUGGGAAAUUGUAUAAUAAGAAAACUGUUGGGGGAAAUGAAACUUGUAAGUAGAACUAAGUACUUUAAAGUAGCUUAUUAAGGUUAAAAAAAUGAGGAAAAAUGCAUCCCACUUGUGCUAAAUAGCAAAUUUAAAUGUUUUAAAAAGUAUGGUAAGAAAAUAAGUUUUUAUGUCACAAAAAAAAAUCAAAAUCAUGAUGCACAGUGUGUAUGUUUUUGUUAAUUUAUUUUUGUUCUUUUUUUUUAAUUCAAAAAUAUUCUUAGAACAUCUUCAUUUUCUGUUAAUUUUAUCUCAAGACUAUCCUGAAUUAAAUGAAAUGUUCAGCAAGGCAUGUGAGCAGACUUCCACCAUUAGUUCUGGCUAGACAAAUGAUCAUGAUGCCACCUUAAAAGAUAGAGGAACUGCCCAUCUAACAAUUUUAGGGAUACCAAACUUGAAAAUUUAUUUUGCUAUUAGUAUAGCAGAGUCUAUUCUAGGUGGGGGGAUGUGGGGAUUCACUCCUAUUUUUGAGAAUCCCCCCUAUUUUUUUCAGAGGCAGGCGGGAAAUUUUACAUAGAGAAAGAAGGAAAAAAAUCAACAAAUGUAAUAAAUUCUCACUUUUCAAUAAAAAUCCCCCAGUUUUUCAAAUCCUAGAAUAGACACUGGUAUAGAGUCUGGUGGCGAAGGCAAAUCAUUUUGGUUUCAGUGGAUUAACAUUUAUAUCACAGCUGUAGUGACAUACCCCCACUCACCUUGAAAAAUACACAUCACAGAUUGAGUCAGUUAAACCAUUUUGAUAUAUCACUUCUAUAUAAUAAGAAAUAUCAUUUUAUAUUUUAUAAGUUGGAUGGGGAUGGGUUAUAUUAAGGAAUCAUUUUGUCUCAUCCUGUUCAUUUUUCUUUUAUAUCUUUGAAAACAUGUUUUGCAUUUUGACACAGUUAUGCCCCUUUUUACCAAGAUAAUGUCCUUAAAUAUCUUGGACACCUUACCAGAUAUUCACUUUAAACCAAAUAUACAUUGUAAGUGUACCUGGGUGUGUUUUGAGGGACACAAACAGGAUCAGCAGAUCAAGUUUCAUUACACUACAAAGGUUUCCCCCUCUUUUUUUAAUGGUUAAACACACAUUUACUAUAUCUAUAUAAUUAUACAGGAAAUUUAAAUGUUUAAAAUUGGUUUGGGUAUGAAUCUUUUUCAGCAAUAGUUCUUUUUUUGUCUAGUUGUUGUAAAAGUUCAAAGCUUUAAGAUGCAUUAAAUCAUCACAAUAUUAAAGUAUUAAGAGUUUGUUUUUUUGCCUACAAUUUGCAUAACCUUUAGUACACUGUACAAUUAUAGCCGUAGAUUCAGUAUUAAAAUUUUAUAUUAACUCUUAAAUUUGUUUGUUGCCUUAUGUAAGCAUUUAAUGAUUAAAUUAAUUUACAUGUACAAUAAUAUAAUAAAAAAAUGUAAUAUACUGUUAUUUAUAUACAUAAUUAAUUUAUGAACAUAGUUAAUAUAGAUCACUGAAAAUUUACAAUAAUAUACAUGUAGAUAUAAUUUUAGCGCAAUAAUUUACAGAUAAUUUUGUGUACAAUAGCAUGUGUGUACAGUCAUAUAAAUGUACAAUAAUUUAUAAUUAUAUCAAACAUUGUCAUGUACAAUUAUAAUAAACAUGUAUUUGUAAAUUAUUAUGUAAUUUCACAAAAUUUUGUAUUUGUUGAGACUUAUUGUUUUGAAAAGACAAAAACAAACAAAAAAAACAUUAUUUUAUAACUUUGGACUUUAUUAGAUACUUGAAUAUCUAUUUCAGGAAUUAAAAGAUGCUUACAUAUCUGUUUCAAGCUUCAUAAGAUGCUUGAAUAUGUAUUUCAAGCAUUAAAAGAUGCUUGAAUAUCAAUAUCAAGAUUUAUAAGAUGCUUGAAUAUCUAUUUCAGACUUUUAAAAUGCUUGAAUAUCUAUUAGAAGUUCAUAAGGUGCUCGAAUAUCUAUUUCAAGUUUUAUUAUAAAUGUUAAUUCUUGAAUAUAUAUUAUAAGUUUUAUUAGAUGCUUGAAUAUCUAUUUCAAGUUUUCUUUUUGAUGCUUGAAUAUCAUUUCAAGAUUUAAAUCUAUUUCAAACUCUCAUAUUGCAUUUUAAUUUGCCCAGACACGGUAAUAUCAGUAACUAUUGUAAGGGAAGAUCACUUUUAUACAUAUGUUUUGUUUACAGAAACAGAACAUUUUCUAACCUAAUUGCAAUUCAGGAACAUAAACUUGUCAAUAAGUUGUCAGUAAUUAGAUAAGGCUACUAUGGCAAGACAUGAAUGUUUUUGUUUUAUUUCAUGUGUAAAUGAUUUUAAAUGGAUCAAUUUAGCUCUUAAGUUCAGUUUGAAGAGAUAAAAUGAUUUACCGGUAUAUAUAUGUUAUCUUGUGUUCCAGCUGUAAUGUAAAGUACUAGUAUUAUGUUUAUUUAACUGUGUACAUAAUUUUUAUGGGGUUUUCUUUCUUAUUGUUGACACUUUCAACUGUAUAUUUGGGCUUGUAUUCAUUGGUAAAAUUUUUUUACAUCAUUUAAAUUGAUUUUAAUAGGAAAUCUUGCUUUAUUCUGUCUUACUUUUUAUGUUGUAUGAAAUAUAAUGUUACAUUACCAAAAUGCAAUGUGGAUGGAGUGACUAACGCUAUGAUAUCCACCUUACUUUUUUUCAUAGAACACUUACUUUAUUGUUAUUUUUGAAAAUGAAUUUGAUUUAUUUGGGACCAGCAUAUUUAUUUACUGUUCAUACUUUCAUAAAUAUUCAAGUAAGAUAUUUAAAUAUGUAUUCUCUUGUUUAUUUCAUGCUUAUCUCUGCAAAAGUGUACAAGGUGAGCUUUUAAUAAUGUUAUCCCCAUGUGGCUCACUGAGUCAUGCAUCCUUCAGCAAUAAUCCUGUAUAUUGUGAGGAAUAUCCUUGCAAAAUACUUUUUGGUCAAAGUAUAACAUACUUUGCAGAAAGUUGGAUGCCAUGGCAAGAUGACUGAAAAUCUUUGGAAAUCUCCAAAACAACAAGGCUUUCAAAUUUGGCAAAUGGUUUGUAGCAUCAGUAGUCCUAUGCAAGAUUAUAGGGUCAGUUAUUGCCCUGCCUCUGAAGUCAUUAUUUACAGCAUCAUUUAGUGCCUUUCACAAAGUUCUUUCAAAUCAUGCUUUUUGAAUCAAAACUGCUCUUACCCCAUGAGUCAGUUAUUUUCUCUAUACCAACUACAUGUUGUUUUUUUAAAAUGACAUUUUGAUGGCUGCCAAAGCUGCAUGACCAUGAAAAGGCCAUUGAACUUGUGGAUAUGUGAUGCAUAACAUUGGAUAAGUAUUCCCUACUUACAUAUUUUUUUCCCUUUCAUUUAUGGCUUCCAAAGUCUAGUUUUGUUUUGUCAUAAAAAAUUGAUAAAAAAUUGAUCUUGCAUAACAACAAUUUCAUUACAACUCAUUUACCUAGAUUUCACAUUUUACCACUAAUUCACUUUUUUGUAAAAAAUCAAAACUUAACUUGGGGUGACCUUGAACAUGAAAUUAAAAGAAAUUAUAAUCUAAUUUAGUAAUACUUUUUCCAUUGAGCUAUUUAGAGCGAUGAUGGCACUUGUCUUCUUUAUGCAUUGACUACAUGUAUAUAUAUACAUUGAAUUUUUAAUGAAUAUAUUAAAGGUAAUAAAGAAAUGAUAAAUAUUUGAACUGCUAGAUACAAAGGAUCAUUCAUAUAUUUCUCUAAGUUUUGUAAUGUUUCAAGUGCUUUUAAAAGUAUCAAUGAGUGACUUUACAUAAAUCUCUGUAUUGUAUUAUAUUUACCCUCUUGGUGAAUAUCACAAUAUAUUGUACAACUGUUUUAACAAAAGAAAAAUUAUUUCAAAUUCAAUGGUUCAAUACUGUAGGUUGCUUAAUUAGAAACAUUUUGAAAUCAAACCCCUAUAAACAUAACAAAGCUGGACAGUUCCAUUGUAUAUUUGAAGCAUUGCGAGAGUUUAGGACACGACUGAUGAUAUUGUCAAAAUUCAUGCCAAAAUUCCUUAAAGAGUUGAUGGACGCUCUUUAAACCAACAUAAAGAACAUUUUGUGCAUACAUUAUACAUACUAGCAUUACAUACAAUAUAGUCCAGAAUUUUUACUGUUUGACCUUUGAUUACGAAGUAUGCUGUACUUAAAUAAUAUAGUCUUUCCUCUAUUUAAACUUCCUCAAAGAUGUAGAUUGUAGGCAUGAUAGAAAUAAUUUUAGAGGCUAUUUAUACAAAAUAUCUUAUACUUCCUUGUUUAAUCUAUAUGUUAUAUUAUAUACAAAUGUAGCUUGUUACAUAGUUUUUUAUUUUGAAAUUUGGGGACUAAAGGUAGUUAGGUAGCGGAAUUUGACUGUAUUGUCAACCCAUAUAAUCAAAAUAAGCUAAAUAGACAUACUUCUAGAUUUGUACAUCUGUGUCUGAAUAGAUUUUUUUAACUCAUUGUAAUUUAUAUUUUUAUAGAUUUAUUGUUUGACUUUUUAUGCCCCCGGGCAUAUAGUAAUUGAACCGUCCGUCCGUCCGUACAAGGUUAACCUAGAACGGCAAGUUGGAUUUUUCUUAAGUUUUACCUGUACCAAUCGCUUCUAAGUUUACACACUUACUAAUCAAUACAAAGUACAUGAUCUGGGCAAGUUUCAUAACUCUGGCUUUCAUAUUUACAAAGUUAUUGCCCUUUUCAGCACUUAGAAAAUGAAUAAUGGUUAACCUAAAACGGCAAGUUGGAAAUAUCUUAAGUUCUAUCUAUACUAAUGGCUUUAUAAUUUCCACACUUACUUAUCAAUACAAAGUACAUGAUAUUGCCAAGUUAUAUAACUGUGUCAUCCAUAUUUCCCAGUUAUUUCCCUUUUUUCACUUUGAAAAUAGGGCCUUGUCUGGUUAACCUAUUUCGGCAAUUUGGAUUUAUCUUAAAUUUCUCCUAAUUGCUUAAUUUCUUUAAUGAUAUCUUUCAUAUUUAGUAGGUGGAUACCUUUGAUGGUCCUCUAAUUUUUGUGUCGCCACUACGGCCUCUACGGAGUAGUGGCGACAUAUAGGGAUCACUUCUCCGUCGUCUGUCUGUCCGUCUGUCUGUCUGUCUGUCCGUCCGUCACAAAACUUGUCCGGACUACUCCUCAUAAACUACUGGUGCAAUUUCAUCCAAACUUUACAGAAAUGAUCAGUACCAAGUCUAGUUGUGCAUAUUGUCAGCAUUUUCCGGUUCAAUGAUUUUUGUCAGAGUUAUGGCCCUUUAAUAAUUUUUAAUUUUAAAGUUUGUCCGGACUACUUCUCUUAUACCACUAAUGCAAUUUCAAUGAAACUUUACAGGAUUGAUCUGUAGCUCAAGUCCUUGCGCAUAUUGCACGGGUUUUCCGGUUGAAUGAUUUUUGGCCGAGUAAUGGCCCUUUGAUAAAAAGGUGUUUUUUUCUGUGUGUUGCCAGAUACACAAAAGCUUGUCCGGACUACUCCUCAUAAACUACUGGUGCAAUUUCAUCCAAACUUUACAGGAAUGAUCAGUACCAAGUCUAGUUGUGCAUAUUGUCAGCAUUUUUCGGUUCAAUGAUUUUUGUCAGAGUUAUGGCCCUUUAAUAAUUUUUAUUUUUAAAGUUUGUCCGGACUACUUCUCUUAUACCACUAAUGCAAUUUCAAUGAAACUUUACAGGAUUGAUCUGUAGCUCAAGUCCUUGCACAUAUUGCACGGGUUUUCCAGUUGAAUGAUUUUUGGCCGAGUUAUGGCCCUUUGAUAAAAAGGUGUUUUUUUCUGUGUGUUGCAAGAUACACAAAAGCUUGUCCGGACUACUCCUCAUAAACUACUGGUGCAAUUUUAUCCAAACUUUACAGGAAUGUUCAGUACCAAGUCUAGUUGUGCACUGUCCGUCUGUCUGUCUGUCUGUCACAAAAUUUGUCUCAACAUGAAAUUGGCAAUCAUGAGGCGACACAUGUGAUCACUGAUUGCUCUUGUUUGUGGAGUAAGCGGUCUCUAGGGUCAAGGUCACUGGUUUAAAAAAUAAAUAUAAACAUUUUUGCUCAUACAGCCUUUAUAUUUUAGUUGUUGUCUUAGUUUAAUACAAACAUGCCAAGGGAGGUCCUUCUUCUUUAGGAUUAGUAAGGGGUCAUUUGGGUCAAGGUCAAUGUUACCAAUGCUAAGGUCACCAAUGAUAAAAAUGGAUUUUUACAUUUUUACAGGUGUAUUGACCUUAUUCUAUAGACAGAUGUUAUGUAUAAUUGAUAAAAACAUAAACUUUGAUGGAGUUAGUGGUCAGUUGGGUCAAGGUCACCAGUGCUAAAAAUAGAUUUUACACAUUUGCUCAUACAGCCUUUAUUAAGUGACAGAUAUAUUUUAUAUUUGGUAGGAAGAUAACUUGCAUGGUAUUCUUCCUUUUGAUUGGGGUAGGGAUCAGUUGGUCAAGGUCACUUGUGCUAAAAAUAGAUUUUUACACUUUAGCCCAUACAGCCUUUAUAUAUUGACAGAUGUAUUUCAUAUUUGGUAGGAAGAUAACUUGCAUGGUAUUCUUCCUUUGGAUGGAGUAAGGGGUCAGUUGGGUCAAGGUCACCAGUGCUCAAAAUUGAUUUUUACACUUUUGCCCAUACAGCCUUUAUUUAUUGACAGAUGUAUUUCAUAUUUGGUAGGAAGAUAACUUACAUGGUAUUCUUCUUUUGGAUAGAGUUAGGGGUCAGUUUGGUCAAGGUCACCAGUGCUCAAAAUUGAUUUUUACACUUUUGCCCAUACAGCCUUUAUUUAAUGACAGAUGUAAUAUUUUUCAACUUCACAAGUCAGAGCAAUGACUUGGCAACUUAUAUUUUUCACAAUUACAAAAUGCCAUGACUUUGUCAAGCUAUAUAACUUGUGUUUACAAUUUUUUGGCAAUUUUUCUGUCCAUAACUGAGUGAAUGGGUAAACAUUUUUUGAAAUAUUGCUACUGACAAGAAUCUGAGCCGGGGGCAUUUGUGUUUAACAAACACGUUCUUGUUUAAUGUAUGGAUUUCAUUGAUAUUAUGAUUAAUAUGUUAAGGUUUUUGUUUUGUUUGUUUUUUUUAACUUGCCAUAGCAUGUAGUGCACAAAGGUCAACUGUUCGUGUCGGUCAGUUUUCUGUCAAUUGUGACGUUCACAAUUCGAGUUGUUCACACUCUAGAAGUUACAGUUGUCAUUUGAUCUUUCCAUAAUGGUAGUAAUUAAUAAUAGCUUGGACAAGUUCCAACUAGGUCCAGUCAUAGGACAGACUAUCUUGUUAACAUAUUAGAGAGGCAGUAUUAAUGCUUGCUUGCAACGACUGUUUUGUCAAGUUGCUAUGUUGGUUAUGUUAGGUAAAAAACAAACAAAAAUUAGGUCACUACCUUAUAUUAAAGAAAAACACCUCAAAGGCCAUGCGAUGGUUUUCUGUCAAAUUGUUGCUUCAUAAUAAGUAAACUACAUCAAUUAACCUUUUACCACAUGAGCAUAUUGUGAAAAAUGGCCGUUUUCAGUUACAAGUUCAAACUGCUAUAAAACUAUGAAAAAUGCUUCAAUACUGAUGAAACUUGGCACAAAUGUUGACUGAACCAUAACCUCUGUAUCUUAAAUUUCCUGUUACCAUGGCAAUAAUGGGGGGACGUCUCAAAUUGCGAAAAAUCACUAUUUUGCAUCAAUUUUUUCCAUCAAAACUGAUUUCAAAGUGCUGCCACUUCUCAAUGCAUUGAGAUAGAAUAAAAGGCUUUUCAGCGUUGGUUACAGGUUGCCUUAGGAUCGACCUGAGGCCAUUUUUAGCCUGUCACAUGUCCAAAAUUUUCUUGGCGAUGAGUGGGACUGCCGCCCCCCAUAGACCCCCCAAACAGAAGGGCCAUCCUUCUUUUCGCAACCCCCUGAUGUAUCAUUUUGAUGGGUGGCCUCGCUGAAAAAAGUGAUCACUUUUUUUACAACAUUUCUCAAACGAAAAACAGUGUUUUGGGCCUAAAUAGGGCAUUUUACAUUGUUUGAGGCCUCAAAAAGGGGGAGGGGAGGGACAAAAAGCCGUCAAAUCACGUCUUUAUAAGGGAAAAGGUUAACACUUUAACAACAUUAAAGAGACCAUGUCGAUUUUGAUGUCUGCAUGAAACUUUGCUUUUAUGAUUAUCUAUAUGGGUCAUCUUGUGUAAAAAAUAUAGGUUCACCAGGUUUAAAAUGAAAA